AUGACUCUAGUAGCAUGGCCCUAUCAACCUCGGCACUCCAUGAUGUCAUACGCGGCGAGGUCUCGACAACCUCCUCUUCCAGAGCCUGACGGGGUACCUCACCGUCAGGUCGACGACCACGCCCCGAUGGCGGCUGGCGCUGGACACACUGAGCCGCUAUGUGAUCAGAGCGCCGCAGAGGCGCAAGUUCUUCUCUGUCCAGGUGGAGAGUAUGUUGGGGGUCACCAUGCUGAUGUUUAUAAUGAUGCAAGGAUGUACAACCUACACAAGUACGCAGACAACUUGAGUCUACCGUCAACCUUCCGUUCUAUCUCCAGAGGCCGUGUGAUGAUCCUGGCCGUCAAGAGAGAUGCAGGCCUGAACAUGCCUAGAGGGGUCCGAGACCUUCUUCAAGAGCUGGGAUCCUUCAGAACUCAUCUCCUUCCCUUCAGAGGCUACAUGAGCUGGGUCUUCACCUCCUGGGGACCCUCGUGGGGUGAGUGUGUCGUGGACCAUACAGGAUUUUCCCAGGGAAAGACCACUGUUGACUCUGGCUCCUCUUUAAGGAAGACCACGCGCAACGUCAGUACCUACCUAGGAGAGAUCUCAGACCAGUCAGGGUCUUCCCUGGACACCGUCUACUACUCUCAGUCAUCAUCAGAACAAGCGCUGUUCCGCUUGAUUAAAGAGACGGACAUUUAUGCUUCACCGGUUCACCUAGAGGUGACUGUGCCACUGCUUCGUAAAGGAGACUGCUGGGGGUCACCUGACGGCAGAGAGGCGGAAAGGAGAACCUUCUGCAGGAACUUUGAUGGCUAUGGUGAUCUUUGCAACUGUGAUCACCCAGCACCACUCACCUACGCACCUAAACAGUUGGAGAACAGUGUUAUUGAUGAUGUUCCCGUUGUUAUCAUCGCCAGCUCCAGACCUCAAGCUUUGUACAGAUGCCUGGUGACGGUGCUGAGACAGGAAGGAGGUGUCAUCAGUAAAAUCCUGGUACUUCUUGAUGGGUAUAACCCUGAGAUGGUCGCUCUUCUGCGUCUCUUACAGGUGAACCACAGAGUGCACCACAUGGGAUCAGAGAGCUUCGUCACUAGUGGGGCUCGCAUCUCCCUGCACUACCGCUAUGCUCUGCAUGCUGUCUUCAGCACCUUCCCCGCAGCCUCCAAGGCCAUCAUUCUGGAGGAGGACAUCCUGGCAGCACCAGACUUCUUCAGCUACUUCAACCAGACAUCCUGGCUCUUGGACACAGAUCCCAGCAUCUUCUGCAUCAGUGCUUGGAACGACCUGGGCUCCCUACAUAUAGCCAGACACAUAUCCAGGCUCUAUAGAGUGGAGACCCACGCUGGCUACGGCUGGAUGCUCACUAGGAAACUCUUCAAUGAGAUCUAUCCACUCUGGCAGCAUCCCAAUAAGGUACAUGGUAACUAUUAUUGUAUUCCUCGGGAAGCUGUAAACUCGUGGUGA